GCGUUAACUCUCACUCGUCUGCUUCGGUCAACAAAGUGCUGCACCUAAGACGCCACUGGAAUGAACGAGACAUUGUACUCGUGUCAACUUCACCAUGUCCAAUGUCAAAAACUGGACCUUGUCAGGGUACUUUCCGCCACAUUGAACUCACAAUCGCUUUAACACUUGCUGGUCAAGCGGCAUUUCAAGUUGUUAUGGUCAGCUUCAGCUCAAUGAUGGUCUUGCCAACAUCCACCACAAUACGUUUGUUCGAUGAGGCACAAAAGCCGAAGUCGCCCUUGGUGUCCUUGAUAAUCGCAUGUCACUCAUGUGUAUCUUAAAGCCUUUGUCGUGCAGUCUGUCGCUGACCUUUAUAAGCUCCCCACUGCCAGUUGAACUUGCGUACCUGCAGUUCAAUCUUCAGUCUCUCUGCCUCUCAGUUUGCCAGGGUGCCGUAUCUGAUCAUAAUCUUCUUCGUUGACACUUCUCCAUGGCGUCGCGUUCAAAGUAUCGAACUAAAAUUUGUCGCAACUUCGUGGCGGGGCGAUGUGCAUAUGGUACUAAUUGCACCUUCAUUCACCCGCCCCCUGUACUGUUUCCACCAUCCAACACCUUGAGACCUUUUGCAAGACAACCCGUGCUCAAAUGGUCAGCAUUGCGACCAAACACCACAGACGCUGCGCCUGUGUAUGAAACGCCAUUUUCCCCGUCACCGUUGUCCCCUGCGCCCAUCCCAGGCACACGAGAGAAUGUGAUCGUCCGGCCGAAGGGUCGGAGGACGAAUGUCUGCAAACACUUUGUCAGAACACAGGGCAGGUGUCCCCUUGGCGAUGCUUGUAACUUUAUUCAUGAUGCAGCAUUGCUAUCUUCGCGGGGUUCUGACCAGAUACAAAAUCGGCGGGAUGUCUCUCCUAGAUGUGCCGCUUGUGCUAAGGAACCGUGGAGUAUUGAUAACACUGCUAUGGGGGCGACACGGGAGUAUUGUUGGGCAUACAUUCAAGGGAUGUGCAUGAACCCGGGAUGUCAGCUUUUGCACCCCGAAGACGAUUCAUUAUACGUUGCUCAUACGCCAUGCCCGCGCUGGCCGAAUUGUUCAGAUGGUGCUUGUUGCGCAUUUCAACAUCCCGGUUCUAUUCCUGUAGCACCUGCGCCCUUGCCCUUGCCACUCCCUUCGACCGGCAUUAGGGUGCCAGCCAUCCAAAAUGAUGGGCCCCCGGUAUCUAGUGAAACAUCCGCUUUGCCAUGCGGCUUAUACGAGAUCAACGGAACAAAGUAUUUCGGCCCACACAUGUCAGUUGUGCCAUUGCCCACGAGUCCAUCGAUGUUAUACGAUCACGCCACAAUCGCGCACAGUGUUUGCGAUCCUACUAUCUAUGCGCGCAACUAUCCUGGUGGAACGCUCGAGGCUUCUAGCCAUGUAUACGAUCAAGGGACAUAUCCUGAUGGGGACUGGAAAAUCCACAACUCAUCUGAUCCCCAGCUUCUGGAGAUCAACAAGCCGAAAGAGCAGUUGUCAGUUCCUGUGCAGGAGGUCAUCCGACUUUCGACCUCUGAUCCCGGGGCUGUCGUGGAUAGAUUUACAUCGACCCAGACAAGCGAGUUUCCAUAUCGGCCUCCUGAAAAUCAGCGAUUGGGUCAUGCCAAGCGUAUCAGCGUUCAGAUGAAGAAGGUCGAAGCAUUAAGCCUAACUGAAAAUGCAUGAUGAUCUAGCUUGAUAUACCACCGCGGCUGAUGAUCAUGCCUUUAGUCACGGGCAUGAGCCCACAUCUCACUUGAUUACUCGGGACCGGAGAGCGUUUUUUUUUAAAUGCCUUGUUCCCUUCGCUUCUCUACUCAACUGACAGAUUUGUCACUCGUUGUAUGUAUCGAUCGAAUCAUUAUCCUGUACCAAACCAUCCACCUUUCUCUCACAUCUGUACCAAAAAAUAGCAGCAUCUUCUAAACGCUACAUGCAUAUAGGACCGGUGGCAUCGCCGCCCGCCACUCCGAAAUCUGUU